GCGGGGAAACCGGGCAGGGCCGCCGCGGGGGCAGCCCGCGGGCUCCGGACGCGGGCGCAGGGGCUAGAGAGGGGAGACCCUGGGGGCGCCCGGCACCCCGCCACCAUGUGCGAACUGUACAGCAAGCAAGAGACGCUGGCGCUGAGGAGAAGGCACAUCGGGCCUUCAUGCAAAGUUUUCUUUGCUGCGGAUCCCAUCAAAAUAGUGCGAGCGCAGCGGCAGUACAUGUUUGACGAGAAAGGCGACCAGUACUUGGAUUGCAUCAACAACGUUGCCCAUGUGGGACACUGCCACCCAGAAGUGGUCAAAGCUGCCCAGAAACAGAUGGAACUACUAAAUACAAAUUCUCGAUUCCUCCACGACAACAUUGUUGAAUAUGCCAAGCGCCUCUCAGCAACCCUGCCGGACAGACUCUCUGUUUGCUAUUUUACAAAUUCAGGAUCGGAAGCCAAUGACUUAGCCUUACGCCUGGCUCGGCAGUUCAGAGGCCACCAAGAUGUGAUCACUCUUGACCAUGCUUACCAUGGUCACCUAUCAUCUUUAAUUGAGAUCAGUCCAUAUAAAUUUCAAAAGGGCAAAGAUGUCAAGAAAGAAUUUGUGCAUGUGGCACCAGCUCCAGAUACUUAUAGAGGAAAAUACAGAGAAGACCAUGAAGACCCAGCCAGUGCUUAUGCAGAUGAAGUGAAGAAAAUUAUUGAUGAAGCUCAUAACAGCGGAAGGAAGAUUGCUGCCUUUAUUGCUGAAUCCAUGCAGAGUUGUGGCGGACAAAUAAUUCCUCCAGCAGGCUACUUCCAGAAAGUGGCAGAAUAUGUCCGUGGAGCAGGAGGUGUGUUUAUAGCUGAUGAAGUUCAAGUAGGCUUUGGCCGAGUUGGGAAACAUUUCUGGAGUUUCCAAAUGUUUGGUGAAGACUUCGUUCCAGACAUAGUCACAAUGGGAAAACCAAUGGGCAAUGGGCACCCAAUGGCAUGCGUGGUAACAACCGAAGAAAUUGCAGAAGCCUUCAGUGCCUCUGGGAUGGAGUAUUUCAACACGUAUGGAGGAAAUCCAGUAUCUUCUGCUGUUGGUUUGGCCGUCCUGGAUGUAAUAAAAAAUGAAGACCUUCAAGGAAAUGCCACAAGAGUAGGGAAUUAUCUUACUGAGUUACUGAAUAAGCAGAAGACUAAACACACUUUGAUAGGAGAUAUCAGGGGCGUUGGCCUUUUUAUUGGGAUUGACUUAGUGAAGGACCAUCAGCAAAGGACCCCCGCCACAGCAGAAGCUCAGCACGUCAUCUACAAGAUGAAAGAAAAGCGAGUGCUUCUCAGUGCCGACGGACCUCAUAGAAACGUGCUUAAAAUAAAACCACCUAUGUGCUUCACUGAGGAAGAUGCCAAGUUUAUGGUGGAACAGCUUGAUGGUAUUCUAACAGGUUUAGAAGAAGCCAUUGGAACUGAAACUGACAGUGUGAUCUCUAAGAAUACUCCUUGCAAAACCAAGAUGCCCAAGGAAGCACAGUCAGAAUUGCUCAGAGACAGCAGCCUGGACCCCAGAGAAAAUCCCAGCCGAAAGAGAAAUGGAUUGUGCACAGAUUCACUGCUCAGCAAGAGGUUCAGGACAUGAGAGAUGAGCAUUUUACAAGAUAAAUGUCCGGAGUUAUAGAGAAUGAAUGCAGGUGUCCCUUCUGUUAAAGCUCUGUUGUACCUUCUGAAAGAAGUGUUCGCAUUUACUCAGAGGUAUAAAUAAAGUUGAUGAGUCAUAAGAUUAAUCCAAAUGAUAAUCAAACUGUGUCAAGACUAUUAGUUCAGCAUUUAGCCUAUUAAUUCCUUACUUGAGAUUUCUGCAAGUACUUUGUUUAUGCUACUCAGUUUAAGCUUCAAAUGAAAUAUUUAUGAAGUUGACAGUUUUACUUCUCAUAUUUUCAUCUUUGACAUGACAGAGGAAAGUACAGUAGGUUCCUGAACUUUGGAGACUUAGUCCCUUAAAAUAUUGAAUUCUUUAGUGAUUUAAUUUAUAAAUAUUUAUGGCUAUCAUAAAAGAUGACAUGAAAAAAAAUAUUGACUAGAGAAGUAUGUGGUGUUAUUUCUCGGAGAAUCGUAGCAUUGGUGGUAAAAGCAAAGCCAUUUGGGGAAAAAUCACAUAGCAACUGUGAAGAAGGGAAUGAAUAAUCUGGACUCCUAUUGGGGAACGAGGUUAAUUGUGAUCCUCUGGGGAUGAGGGCACAGGUGCAGAGGCCAGACAAGAAGUAGACCCAGAAACACUCCUAAGCAUGGAGCUGGAGCAGUAUCCAAAGCACUACAUUCACCUCGGCUGUGGCUAAUCAGACUGUCAUCUUGGCAAGUCACUUACCUGCUAGAUGAGAAAUUGACUUUUCAAGCAAUCCUCUUCUCAUCUGUCUUAUCAUCUAUGCACACACCCUGACACACAGAGAUAACUUCAAGAAUCUCUUCCUUAAAUGUGCAGGUGCCAUGAGACUUGGAGGCUUGUGUGAGUACUGACCUGGAAGAAAUUUGACUUUUAGCCUUGACUUCUCAUUAUUUCUCAAUUGCCCUCCUAACAGUUACUAAGCUUUGUGUGUUGGGUUUUCUGGGGGGAAGCGUUGUUCGUUUUGGGGACCUCAUGUACUGUGCCUCAUGGCUUGCGGGAUCUUAAUUGCCCACCCAGGAAUUGAACUUGGGCCCUGGUAGCGUGGUAGUGAAAACACAGCGUACUAACCACUGGACCACCAGAGAAUUCCCUGUGCAUUGGUUUUUGUUGGUUUUUGUUGCAUAAAGAUGAGUUAAAUAAUUUUGCUAUGGCCGUUUCAUGAUAGCUGAGAAAGAUGUUGGGGGGAAAAUUAAAUGCAAGAAGCUUCCUUUAUGAGUUCACCAUAAUAAAAUGCUGUGAAAAUGCAA